AUGGAAAAUUUUAAGAAUCAUACAUUUAUACUUACCCCCCUAAUUAAUACUUAUCAAAGCUAUAUAUAUUUAAAACUUUUUUCAAGUCAUCUUAGAGUUCUAAAUUAAAAAUGCAAAUUUUUUAAGCUAUAUAUUAAUUAAUAAUAAAUAAAAAAUUACCUUGCUAUUAAUUAAGGAGUAGUUAGAAGAACCAGCGAGCAAACAACCCAUGCCAAAGUCCAGCUUGAAUUUAUAGAACCUCUUCUACUAGCAUUAAAAAGGAACGUCCAAAGUUACUACUUAAAUCUACCCGAAACCAUUGUAAGCGGAUUUGGCUGUAAUGAGCCUCACAUGAUCUACACAAAAGAAAACGGUCAAUUAUCAUGACUUGAAGGAGUAAAGUCUAGUAGGUAAUCCCUAGUUAGUGUGCAGAGAUUUUUUAAGCGAUGCUACUAUUUCAAAAGAGAGCCUUUUCCAGUUAACAUAAUAAAAUCAGAUAAAGGGAACUUUGCAGACUCAUGCAAAUGCUUGAUGAGUACGAAAGAAAGCUUUGACCUUUGGAGACAACAAAUAAAAGCUGGAAAGCCGAUGCUUAUUCAAAGAUAUAUCAUUUCUCCAAAUAAAGAAAUUUCUAAAGUAAGGAUUACUUAUAUUCCACCCAAGGGAUAUUUAUCUUGCAAAUUGCUGCGAAACAAAAUUGAUAUUUGUGGAGAACUUGCAAGACCACUUAUCGAAAACAAAAACGGCUGAAAUAAAUUUAAGAAAUUUCAGACGCCUGAAACUGUGAAAACUGAUUACUCAGUUGAGGACAAAUUUUUGGUUAGGAGAAGCAUAGAUUCAUCUUAUACAGAAAAUGAGUUUGCUAUUAAUGAUUCUUUAAGAGCUCAGAUGGAAACUCUGAAAAAUAUUGUAGAAAAAGGACACUUUGCACAUGGUAAAAUUAUUUGCUUACUACCUCUUGUGAGAGAGCAAAAUCAUUUGAAAAUCUUCUUUUUUUGAAAAAUUAGCCCCACUUCGGUGAGCCAAAAACUUUUAUAAUAAAUAUCCUGGCUUAUAAGUGAUAUAAUUAAUCUUCAGCUAAUUUUGCUAGCUUAAGGAACUUACAAUCUAAAAAGAUUUCACUUUCAAAAUUUUAAAAUUUUUAUUUAAUAUAAAAUCUAACACCUCAUUCAUGGGGAGGAGGAGAUAGAACUUCAAGCAGAUUUCGGACAAGAUACUGACGAAAAAUGAUAUUUUUUGAAUUUAAUUCAUUACAAAACCGAGCUUUUAGUCCAGAAGAAGUUAAACCCAACUUCUUUUGGGCUUCUUAUGGAGCGCCUUUCUAGAAAAGCUAUAAAAUCCUCAUAUGGAACUCGUAAGCGUGGCUCACACGACAAAAUCAUUGCAUGCUCUUCUCCUUGCAGCAAGCUUGAGCCAGCCAUUCACGUCAUAAAACCUCGGCCUUUUUCCGCUGACAAAACUACAAAAAUUUCAAGUCUAUUAUCUCCAGAAAAGCCUGCAGUAAGGCUUUUUUCAUUAUCAUCAAUAAAAUUAAAAUCAAAUUCAAGCGCUCUCCUCGAUAUCCCUCGUUUAGAUGAGAGCCAAAACAACUCGACCGGAUCUUUAAAAAAAGAAAUAAUAAAAGAUUUGAAAUCCAUCAGUAAAAGGGACUUUGAAAUAAGGAAAAAAAGAAGAUCAAAAACUAUGGGAGCGAUAAAAUCAAAAAUUAAAUAA